UAAUAAUUUAACAGAUAGGUAUCUGAAGCCCAAAAGGGUGAAGAAAUGUCUUACCCAAGGUCACAUAGCCAAUUAGCUUCAGGUUUCUCAUCUGUGAGAUGGGGCUAAGGACUUACCCCAUAGGGUUGUUGCCAGAAUUAAAUGUUUGUUAAUUAAGCACAGUGUCUGGCCUAUAGAAAGCACAUGAUAAAGCACAGCUUUUGACAUUGUCAGGUGAAUGGAAUUUUAAGAGCAAUGUUGUUAUUGAAUAGAGAAUGGAUCAUUGUGGGUUAGAGUAGAGACAGGGAGUACAUUAGGAAGCUGCUGUAGGGUACUAGGUAAUAGUGACAGCUUGGACCUGAAUUCUAGCUGUGGAGAGUGGAGGUGAGGGGGCAGGAUCCAGAGAUGGCAGGAGUGGGUGGCUCAGUGGAUGUGGAGGGUAACAGAGACUGAGGCAUCCAGGAUGGCUCCUAGUUUGUCUUAAAAACCUGGGUAAAUAGAUGAUGGGGCUGUCGUGGAGAGGUUAAGACUGGGGAGAGUCAGGUUUGAGGAGGUGAAUUCAGUUUGAGGACUUCAAACUCAGCACAUCCCUAAUAGCCCACUGCAUUGUUGUUCAGCUUCUGCGGAGGCAACAGUUAGGCAGUUGGAUAUACAGGCCUGGUGCUCAGAAGAACAGUUUGGGCAAGGGAGAGAUAAGGAAGCUGGCAACAUUUAGAUGGCAUGUACUGUAGGAGGUGUACACAGCCCAAGGGCAGGGAGAAUGAGGCCCACUUGGGGAUGGAAAGACAGAUCCUCUGUGGGAAAAUAAGAUGUGCAGCCAGAGAGAUAGGUGGAAAAGCAGGGGCAUGGUGCCUCUUGAAUUUCAAGGGAAGGAAGGGUUCAAGGAAGAGGAAGAGAGCCCCACAGUGAAAAGCUUUACUGAGAACAAGUGGGAUACGAACAAAACAUUGGACACUGGAUUCAGCAACAGGGAGGCACUGGUGACCUCUUCCAGACCAAUCAGGGGAGUAAUGGGUGUGAAAGGCGGUCCAGGAUGGGAAGAGGAAUGGGUGGGUGUGGAGAGAAAAUGGAGGUAGACAUGUCUUCUAGAAACUUGACUCUGAAAGGGCCAAAUGGAGUGAAGGCCCAACAGGGUCCACAGAGGGGUCAUUUCUUUUUGUAGUUAAAGUCAACUUUAUAUUGAAAUAUAAUAUACAUACAGAAAGGGUACAUGUCCUCAUUGGUACAGCUUGAUCCAUUUUCACAAGGGAACACACCCAUAUAGGAUCGUGAAAUAGAACCCAGAUUAGGAAAUAGAACAUUACCAGCACUCUGGAAGCCCCCUUGUGCCCCCUUCCAGUUACUAUUCCCAAGGGUAACCACUAUUUUGACUUCUAUCACCAUAGAUGUGUUUUGCCUGUUUUUGAACUUCCUAUUAAGGGAAUCAUACAUAUGUCCUCUAUGUGAUCCUGCUUCUUUCAUUCAACAUCAUGUCUUUAAGAUUAAUCCAUACUGUUGCUUGUAGUUGUACAUGGUUCAUUCUUUUUUGGGUAGUUUCUAGGGUUGUUUUCACUUUUUAUGGGGGAGUGACUUGAGCUUGUUUGAGGCUCGUGGAGAGUGUCUGAAACACUCAUCAUCUUCUAUGAGAAGGGAGAGAGAUGACUAGGACACAACUAAGGAUUUCCCCCAUGGGAAACGAGAGUCUGGCUAAGGUUGAGAAUUGUUGUUGUUCUAGUCCAGCUGCUGGGCCCAGACCUCUGGCAUCUCCCACCAGCCUAUGUGCAGGUGCAGAGAAAGCAGAGAGCUAGGUUGCCCAGGGCUGGUUUCUGCCAGGUAUGAGAGAGGUGCAGAGUGCUGGGGGAUAUUAGCAGCAGGCGAGUGAUGGAGUCAUGGCCGUAGAGACAGGCUAGGGAGAAGGGUGUGCAGGGAAGGUAGGGAAGAGAAGGUAGGAGGGAGCUGGCAGAGAAAAAGGAAGCAGAGGCGGAUUGUGAGCUCUAUGCAGGGUGGUGUCUGCAAUUCUGAGUUGUAUCUCCAGUGACUGGCACAUGCUUGUCAUUCAGUGAAUAGUUGAAUAAAUGAGCUGAGAACCCAAGAGGUCUCAGGUAGAAGGCAGGUGAGGUGGGGGUGAUGGAGAGAGCCUGAAGGUUGUAGUCCAUGUGGUUAUGAUUUGGGAAAGGGGCAUUCCAGAGCCAAGUGAAAAGGCUGGGGUGUUCCCAUGGGGGUUAGCUAAAGGAUGCAAUAGGCCAAUGUUGGGCGGGCAAUUUACUGAAUGCAUAGUUGCCAGUGUAGGGUGCAUAGCACCCAGUUUUCAAGGAGGAAGGAGAGGAUAGCAUUUCUCAAACUGGUGUCCUUGGACAUCCGGCAUCUGGAUUGUAGGGGGCUGGUGGGCUUGUUGGAAAUGCACACCCUGGGCCCACCCCAGCCUCUUGGGGAGAAAAUAAGCCCGGUGCAACAGAAUUGAACAUCAAGGAGAAGUGUUUAUGGGGUGGGGGGAGUACUGAGCCCCUCCAAAGGGAUGGGGUGCCCAGUGGACCCUAGGUAUGGUGGCCUCUAUCCUGGCUAGAGGUGGACAAGGGAUAUUCAAGGGAGAGACUCAGGGGAAAGGGCUGACACCAAGGAGAUUCAGCCCAUGUGAGCUGGGGACGAGAAGGAUGGGCCUCCGCCCUAGAAUACAGCUCCUGCUAGAGGAAGCCCUGGCUGGACAGCAAGUCCUCUAUCCUGGGGUCUGAGGAGGGAGGGGGGAAUGGCGAGACCGAGCACCCUAUCUGUGGGGGUCGUGCAUGGGGCUGUGGGACUCUGCAUCCAGUUCCUUCUCUUCUUCCGUCUCUGGGCAACAAAUAAUAUGGGAUUGAUCCAAUCCCACACUUUUAGACCCUUUCUCUUGUUGACCUCCAUCUCUCAUGCUUAGCACCUUCAUUGGCACAGUCCUUCAGCACCCCAGUCCUUUCUUCUACUCUCUCAGGCCCCACUCGCUAGCCUUCACACUCAGAACCCCAACUCUCAGCCCUCUGUUUAGCCCUCUCUCAGCACCCCUCAACAGCCACUCUAUGAGCCCCCUAUGCUAAGCGCACCCAAUCCAGCCACCAUACGGUGUCCUCAUGCUAUUUAUCCCCCCAUAUUCACCGCCGCACUCAACUCCUGACCCCAGCCGAGAAGAUCCUUGUCAGUCCUCUCCCCAAGGGGAACCCUCAGUCACCCCUCCCAAAGGCCGGGCAGGCCGAGGCCCGGGUGCCCCCCUGGUCAGGCCGGUCCCGCCCCAUCCCGGCGGGCUGAGUCAGGCGGCAGGAACUGGGCGGGGGGCGGCGCCUGGAGGAGCUGAAGCUGGAGCCACAGUCUCUAGGAGUGAGCGCGGAGCCCAGCCAGGCCGGCACCGAGUGGCCCUGGGCCGGCGGGGACUCAGGGGACAAGCGCGGGGGGUGGGGGGCUGUCCUGGACCUACCAUGAGCGCCAAGAAGAAAGGGAGCCCCGCGCGGACUCAUUCCAUGAUGUCCCUGUCGGUGCGGCCGCAGCGUCGCCUGCUCAGCGCCCGGGUCAGUAGGAGCCAGUCCUUCGCAGGCGUCCUCGGCAGCCACGAGCGGGGGCCCAGGAGCUUCCCUGCCUUCAGCCCUCCGGGACCCCCACGGAAGCCCCCAGCGCUCUCCCUAGUGUCCAGGAUGUUUUCUGUGGCGCACCCAGCCCCCAAGAUCCCACAGCCUGAGCGGCUGGACCUUGUGUACGCUGCGCUCAAGCGGGGCCUGACGGCCUAUUUGGAGGUACACCAGCAGGAGCAGGAGAAACUCCAGGUUCAGAUAAGGGAAUCCAAGAGGAAUUCCCGCCUGGGCUUCCUGUAUGACUUGGACAAGCAAGUCAAGUCCAUUGAACGCUUCCUGCGACGGCUGGAGUUCCAUGCCAGCAAGAUUGACGAGCUGUAUGAGGCAUACUGCGUCCAGCGGCGUCUCCGGGAUGGUGCCUACAACAUGGUCCGUGCCUAUAGCACCGGGUCCCCAGGGAGCCGCGAGGCUCGGGACAGCCUGGCUGAGGCCACUCGGGGGCAUCGAGAGUACACAGAGAGCAUGUGUCUGCUGGAGAGUGAGCUGGAGGCACAGCUGGGCGAGUUCCAUCUCCGGAUGAAAGGGCUGGCUGGCUUCGCCAGGCUGUGUGUGGGCGAUCAAUAUGAGAUUUGCAUGAAAUAUGGGCGUCAGCGCUGGAAACUGCGGGGCCGCAUUGAGGGUAGUGGAAAACAGGUGUGGGACAGUGAAGAAACCGUCUUUCUUCCUCUGCUUACGGAAUUCCUGUCCAUCAAGGUGACAGAGCUAAAGGGCCUGGCCAACCAUGUGAUUGUUGGCAGUGUCUCCUGCGAGACCAAGGACCUGUUCGCUGCCCUACCCCAGGUUGUGGCUGUGGACAUCAAUGACCUCGGCACCAUCAAGCUCAGCCUGGAAGUCACCUGGAGCCCCUUCGACAAGGAUGACCAGCCUUCAGCUGCUUCUACUGUCAACAAAGCCUCCACAGUCACCAAGCGCUUCUCCACCUAUAGCCAGAGCCCGCCAGACACACCCUCGCUUCGGGAGCAGGCCUUCUAUAACAUGCUGAGGCGGCAGGAGGAGCUGGAGAAUGGGACAGCGUGGUCCCUGUCAUCCGAAUCUUCAGAUGAUUCAUCCAGCCCACAGCUCUCGGGCACUGCCCGCCACGCCUCAGCCCCCAGGCCCUUGGUGCAACAGCCUGAGCCUCUGCCCAUCCAAGUUGCCUUUCGUAGGCCUGAGACCCUCACCUCUGGGCCCAUGGAUGACGAGGGGGCCAUGGCCCCAGCCCUGGCCAAUGGGCAUGCCCCCUACAGCCGGACUCUGAGCCACAUCAGUGAGGCCAGUGUGGAUGCUGCCUUGGCUGAGGCUUCAGUAGAGGCUAAGGACCUAGAAAGCCAGGGACCUAGCCCAUCUACACACCCAAAUCCUACCCAUGGGGAGCACCCUGGUCCUGUCCCUCCUGCCCUGGAUCCUGGCCAUUCUGUCACAAGCCCCACUCUCAGUACAACAGAUCCUGCCCGUACAUCUACAGAGCCCACUCCACCUGUACAACUAGACUCACUUCACAAGGCCACAGACUCUAGCUCUCCUGAACUGCCAGGCCCCACCUACACCACUAUAAGCUCUACCUGUAGUGCCAUAAGCCCUACCAGCAGUACUCCAAGCCUCACUCACACUGCCACAGGCCCUACCCACAAGAUCAAGCCCUCCACCCUCACUGCUACAGACCCUACCCCUAGUGCCAUGGACCUAGGCGAGACUCCCACAAGUCCCACCCACAAGCCAAUGCUUUCUACCCUCACUACUGAAGGUCCUACCCCUAGCACUACAAGCCCAGUCCAGACCACCACAAGCCCCAGCCACACUGUCACAAAUCUGACAAGUACUGUCACAAGCCCCACCAUCAAGCCCAUGCUUUCUACCCUCACUACUACAGGCCCUACCCACAGUGCCACGGGCCCGGCCCAGCCCACCACAAGCCUCACCCAUACCACAAGCCCCACCCACACUACUGCGAGCCCCACCCACACUACUGCGAGCCCCACCCACACUACUGCAAGCCCUACUGACAAAGCCAAGAUCUCAACUCCCACCACUACAAGUCCUACCCCCAAUGCUAAGGGCCCAGUCCAGACCACCAGAAGCCCCACCCUUAUAAGUGUAAGCCCUUCCACUUCUCUAGACCUUGCUAUGCUCCCCAGCUCCUCUGCACACACAGACCCCACCCUCCCAGGCACUGACCCCCUGUCCUGUGGCCACCCAGCUUCCACUGCCUAUACUCAAGCAGACCCUAUAGCCCCAAGCACCUCCUCCCCAAGUUCUGCCAGUACCAGUUGGGAACCCCUCAAAAGCCCUUCCCCAGACCCCCCAGAGCCCAUCCUUAAGAGCCCAAGCCCCUCUCCCUCAUCCCCAGCCCCUGUGCCCCAGCCUUCCGACCCUAGCCUGGUCAUGGCUGCCCAGGCUCCAGUUUUAGGGGCAGCUGAAGGGGCUGGAGACAGGAGGCUGGAGGAGGCACUGGGGGCCCUAAUGGCUGCCCUAGAUGAUUAUCGUGGCCAGUUUCCUGAGCUGCAGGGCCUGGAGCAGGAGGUGACCCGGCUGGAGAGUCUGCUCAUGCAGAGACAAGGUCUUACUCGCAGCCGGGCCUCCAGUCUUAGCAUCACUGUGGAGCAUGCCCUGGAGAGCUUCAGCUUCCUCAAUGAGAAUGAAGAUGAAGACAAUGAUGGUCCUGGGGACAGGCCCCCAAGCAGCCUGGAGCCUGGGGCAGAGGACAGCCUCGACUCAUCCAUUGCUCGCCCCCUCAGCACAGAAUGUCCAGCUCUGGACACUGCCUUGGUCCAGCACCUGUACCACUGCAGCCGCCUCCUGCUGAAACUGGGCACAUUUGGGCCCCUGCGCUGUCAGGAGGCAUGGGCCCUGGAGCGGCUGCUGCGAGAGGCCCGAGUGCUUGAGGCAGUAUGCGAGCUUAGCAGGCGAUGGGAAAUCCCUGUUACUUCAGCCCAGGAAGUGGUGCAGUUCUCGGCCUCUCGACCCGGCUUCCUGACCUUCUGGGACCACUGCACAGAGGGACUCAGCCCCUUCAUCUGCUCUGUGGAGAGGGUGCUCCUCACCUUCUGCAAUCAGUACGGUGCCCGUCUCUCCCUACGCCAGCCAGGCUUAGCCGAGGCUGUGUGUGUCAAGUUCCUGGAGGAUGCCCUGGGGCAGAAGCUGCCCAGGAGGCCCCAGCCAGGCCCUGGAGAGCAGCUAACCGUCUUCCAGUUCUGGAGUUAUGUGGAAACCUUGGACAGCCCCUCUAUGGAGGCCUAUGUGACCGAGACCGCUGAGGAAGUGUUACUGGUGCGGAAUCUGAACUCAGAUGAUCAGGCUAUUGUGCUCAAGGCCCUGAGGCUGGCACCUGAGGGGCGACUGCGAAGGGAUGGGCUUCGGGCCCUCAGCUCCCUGCUCGUCCAUGGCAACAAUAAGGUCAUGGCUGCUGUUAGCACCCAGCUCCGGAGCCUGUCACUGGGCCCUGCCUUCAGGGAAAGGGCCCUACUGUGCUUCCUGGAUCAACUUGAGGAUGACGAUGUGCAGACGAGAGUGGCUGGCUGCCUGGCCCUGGGCUGCAUCAAGGCUCCUGAGGGCAUUGAGCCCCUGGUGUACCUGUGCCAAACGGACACAGAAGUUGUGAGGGAAGCUGCUCGGCAGAGCCUGCAGCAGUGUGGGGAAGAGGGACAGUCUGCCCAUCGACGGCUAGAGGAGUCACUGGAUGCCCUGCCCCGAAUCUUUGGGCCCGGCAGCAUGGCCAGCACAGCAUUCUAAACUCCCCACCCACCAGCUCCCAGUGCACCUUCCCCCCACUUUCAGGGCUCACCAGGCACUGGCAGGGAGGGUGACGGCCGGCUCCAGACACCCCUCCCCCACAGAUUCCUAUCAAUGAAAAUCUAAUAUAUUCUUCUGUUGCCCUUGGGGUUGGUAGUCAGUGCCUGCAGUCAAGUGCCUCCCAGCCUCAGCUCAGCACACUUGCCACAAAUCAGUGUCCCAGGCCCGGCCAUCCUGCCUCUGCCCCACCACAUCCCUUGGUUUUGUAUUUUAUUUACAGAGUUUUACAGAAAAUAAAAAAGCAAAAUGCCUUUCCUA